AUGUGUGGAUCCUGCCAGCUACUCUUGCACACUCAUAUAUAAUGAGCGACUAUAUGUUUUUCCUCGAAAAAAUUUUCCUAUUGCAGGCAUUUUCAACACAAUUUUUGCACUUUUUUUUUUUUCUGUCAUUUGGUCAAAAAAUACACGCGAGCAAAUAUCUGAUGAGAAAAAGCUUCAACCAAAUAGGGCCAGAAAAUGUCUGUCGGAAAAAAUAUAGAGGUUUCCUCUAUAUAGCGCUAAAAGCGCAGACAUUUUCCCAGGAGCUUUCCAAGUUCGUCGGACCAAAUCGCUUUUUGGUCCGACCAAGGCAUUGAUUUGGUGCAACCUACCGAUAAAUUCCGAUCAGAAUUUAUCGGCCUUACAGCGCCAAACAUAGGAAACUUCUAUAAACUUGACAAAAAGAAUCUGCGUAUAUGAGCAUCUUCAAAUUACUUCUUUUUUAAAGCAUAACCCUCAAACCUUAAAAAUAAAAAUAAAUCCAAAAAACAAGGAAGCUUUAAUUGAAGAGCUGCAAAAGCUAUCAGAAGAAUUACUUGAUAUAAAAGAAAACUUAAUCAGAGAUACAUAUAAGAAAAUACAAGAAUUAGAAUUAUCACUUAUUGAGGCGCUUAAACGUUUGAUAAAAUAA